AUGCAAUUAAUGCAAGUCCCCAAAGAAAUUCAUUUAUCGAUUAUAGAAUCAAUCCUAGAAUCUGUCGAUUCUGUUAAUAUAUUAAAACCACUUGCAUUCACGUGUCGCCACUUCGCAUACCUUUGUCUCUAUGAAAUUUGGAAGACAAGAAGAUUGAUAGAGAAUAAUUCAUUGAAAACUUUCCGUAACACUGUAUCAAAAAAUCCAUUAAUGCCUUAUGGAGAUUUCAUAUUAAAAAUACAAGUAGAUGAAUUAGAUAAAGAACCACCGAUUUACAUUGAUGAUAAAUUAAUUAAAUUUUUUGCUGAAAAUUGCAAUAAUCUUAAAGAAUUAAUGUUAAGAUUUUCUCAGAAGAAAAGAAAAAAUAAAGCGUAUUUACUUCCUUUGGAGUUGCUUGGGGAUCGAAUAAAUAAUUUGUCAAUAGUAAAUUAUGAGAAUUGGGAUAAAAAUUAUGACGAUGAUGAUGAACAAGAACAACUGAUGGAGAUGUCAUCGCUGGUUACUAUAGGAAAACAAGUUUUGAAUAAUGUAUAUAAUUAUUAUAAUAAUACAAAAAUAUCUUCUACCUGUAAGGAUUCAGAUAACUUGCAAGAGGGAUCAAAAGGAGGUUCAAACGAUAGCAACAGAAAUGAUGAAGCGGAGUACCACGAUGCGUUAAGUGAGAUUGUUAAGUUAGGAGUCGUUAACAGUGUUCGAUUAUAUGAUCCAAAAAUGUCUGAACGUGUGUGGGAAAGUUUUACGAGCAAUGCGAAAAAUUCCUUGCAAUCGAUUAGAAUAACAUUGAACCAAACAAGAUUAACAACAGAUCCAUCAACGAUUGUUAUGUUAUUUGGAAAAUAUUGUAAGAAUUUAAGAAUAUUUGAUAUCGAUACAUUUCAACAAGCCAUCUCCAAAGAUUCCAUAAUGAUAUUACUGGAAAAUUGUAAAAAAUUAGAAUAUUUAGAUAUAACAGCAUCAAGUGAAACGGUUCCAUUUUUAUAUAAAUCUAAAUCAAUCAAAUCAAUAUAUCUAUCACAUAUAGUCAAUGGGAAUGAUUUAAAUCAAAUUAAUGAAUGUAUGGAGAACUUAAAAAAAUUAUCAUUUUUAAAAAUUAAUGGUAAAAAUAAUUUAUUAUUUUUGAAGAAUUUUCCAAAUUUAGAAUACUUGUCGAUCGGGGAUUUUAGUGAAAUGAAUGACGAAGGAUUUUUAAAUGUUUCAAAGUUAAAUUUAACCGAAUUAAUUUUAGUUAGAACUCCAAAUAUAUCGGAUGAAGCAUUACUCAUGUUUGGGUCAAUGAACUCAUUAGUCGAGUUUAAAAUUAGAGCUCGUUUACCCAAUGUGACGCAAAAAGGUUGGAUUAAUUUAGUUAGAAGGCCGAUCGGUUGCCCUUCUUGGCGUGUAAUUACAAUCGAUGAUGGUAGACAAAUUAAUCCUGAAUUUUUCGAAACGUUAGAACAAGAUCAUUCUGAUUUAGAAUUUUUGAGAAUAAGGGGUUUUAAAUAUGAUAAUCUAUUAAAUGAUGAUUCUUUUGAUAAAUCCAAAUUUAAGGAAGCUUGGUGGUAUUAUAAAAAUACUUCUUAUACCCCUGUUGUUUAUUGGCCUAUUAGAUACAAGAAGGAAAAGUAUCCAGAUGUUUAUUCUACAUUUAAGCAAGAUGAUUCUUAUGAGCGAGUUUACUAG